CUGACACCUCGAAAACAGGAAAAACAGUUCAGCAGGAGCACAGAUGUGUGGAGGGUUCUGGGGGAGGAGCAUGGAGACCUUAAAACCCCUGCAGCCAGUAAUCUGAGCUUCAUUCGUCCACACAGCAAAGGGAACAAGCAUGUCGUACUAUGAGCACAUCUUCCUGGACUAUGACUUCAACGACACGGGCUCAGGCUCUGGUUCUGGGGAUCUGGGAGAGGAGUUUGAGGAGCCGUGUGGUGUGGAGCAUGUCAUGGCUGCUGACCUGCAUAGGGUCUUCUUACCUGUAGUCUACGCCCUCAUUUUCACACUGGGGAUCACGGGAAACGGCCUAGUGGUGGUGGUGCUUGGUUGCCAACGCAGGUCUAAAUGCAGCCUCACAGACAGGUAUCGCCUCCACCUGUCUGCUGCUGACCUCCUCUUCGUCCUGGCGCUGCCUUUCUGGGCGGUGGACGCAGCUCUGGCUGACUGGCGCUUCGGAGCGGCCACCUGUGUCGGUGUUCAUGUUAUCUACACGGUGAACCUGUACGGCAGCGUGCUUAUCCUGGCCUUCAUCAGUCUGGACCGAUACCUGGCUGUGGUCCGAGCCACGGACACGAACACGGGCGGGCUGAGGCAGCUGUUGGCCCACAGGCUGGUCUAUGUGGGUGCCUGGUUGCCCGCUGGUCUCCUGGCAGUGCCAGACCUGAUUUUUGCUCGGACCCAGGAAGGAGGAGAAGGGGCCACCCUCUGCCAGCGACUCUACCCAGAAAAAAACGCUCCUAUCUGGGUUGCAGUCUUCCACCUGCAGCUGGUCCUGGUCGGUCUGGUGAUCCCCGGCCUUGUUCUCCUUGUGUGUUACUGUGUCAUCGUCUCCAGGCUCACCAGGGGUCCUCUGGGAGGCCAGCGACAGAAGCGCCGUGCAGUCCGAACCACCAUCGCUUUGGUUCUCUGCUUCUUCAUAUGCUGGCUACCAUAUGGGGCGGGGAUCUCUGUGGACGCUCUGCUGCGGCUGGAGGUGCUGCCUCGCAGCUGCAGCCUGGAGGCGGUGCUGGCCGUGUGGCUGGCGGUGGCCGAGCCCAUGGCGUUCGCACACUGCUGCCUGAACCCACUGCUGUACGCCUUCCUGGGAGCUGGGUUCAAGAGCUCAGCUCGCAGAGCCCUCACUCUGAGCCGGGCGUCCAGUUUGAAGAUCUUACCUAGAAGACGUCCUGGGACUUCGACCACGACUGAAUCCGAGUCGUCCAGUUUACAUUCCAGCUAGUUUUUUUCUCAUUCUGGUCAUUUCUCUGGAAAACAUCAGGAGACUGCUGUGAAAAUGUCUUCAAUGAACAUUUUUCUAUUAAUCAUGUACAAUCCUAUAAUACUAUGGUUUCUCCCAACUCUUAUUUAGAUAUUUUCUUAGCAAAAAAUACAUCUGAUUAAGAAAACCAGAAAAGUAUUGGUUGUACAACUCAAACAAGUUAAUUUUCAUAUUCAAACAACAGAACUGUUAUGUCUUAGCCUAGGGAUGAGUUCCUGUCUGGAUGUCCUUAAAUCAGGACCUCUUCUUGCAUGGAAGCUAUUCUCUUCCAGUAUUCAUUGAAUUUCAAUAGUCACAUCAAAUUCAACCUAACGGAUGACUAAUUUGGUGCCUACAAGACAAGCCAUGGUAUAACAUCACGUUGCUGGAAUUUUUGUGGCUCAUCAUCCAACAGCAGAGUGAAAGAUGGUGCCAUGUUGUGUAAAAUAUGUGGUCAGGGUUUUUCAAUUAGACUUAUCUGUAGUUUCAAGUUUAAGGCUCAAUCCUGUCUCUAACUUUAACCCUUAUCCCUUGAUACCCCUUUGAAACAGGGGUAGUGGGAAAUCUAUAUAUAAGGUUAUCCCUAUAUAAUGGGACGACCUUUCAAGACCCUAAUAUGUCAUUAUAGUUAUUGACAGCAUUAUGUAAACAGACAUGCCAGUACUGGACAUUAAUACCAGUAAUUUUAAAAUCUUGCAGAUGAUUCAAAAAGUACUUUUGGAGGUUUUCCAUAACACUUGCUUUGGAGUUGGCCGCUGGAAAAUCUUUGAAGGUCAACGUAGCCUGAGCACUUCAUCCUAUCUCUCAGUUCCAACAAGAAUCAGGACAAACCUAGAUGUCAAUGUGCAAAACGUUGGCGAGCUAAGUGGUAGGGGCAAGGGUACACAGUAUAAGUAUUCUGUUGUUUUAAAUGCACAUAAACUUGUUUUUAUCACAUUUUCACUCCAUGACAAUUACUGAAUCUUAUUUUUAUCUAAACCAGUUUUGGCAACAAAACACCUAAUUGAAAGUAUUUAGUUGGGAGAAAUGUCCUUUACAAUAAAACAAAACAAAUACAAUGCAUAUACAUACUUUGUCAAACCAAAGAAAGAUUUUUGAAGUGGUCCUUUAUAUGUACAUACUGUAAAUGUAAGUGUAAGUGUUUAAAAGUUUUUAACAAAGUAUUUGAGAAAAUAAGGAGCAGUCUGCUGGCUCAUGACUGUGAUGUUUCUCUUGUGAAUACUGUUUUUAGUCGUGUUUGUG